AUGGUGACUAUAAUAUCUUUGGAGCAGGCUGUUCUGCGUUGUGUGUUGGCGUAUUUCACCAACAAAAGUCCCGAAGAGCUACCGUAUAUCAACGUGCCGCUGCAUACGGUUAUCAAACUGACUCCGAAGGCGUACUCCUGUAUCGUGGAAAUGUUCCAGUUUGAUGUUGAUGCGGUAAAUACGCAUCGAGAUAAGCCAGAAGAAGUG